UGACAGUAAAUAAGAUGUUUUUCUUAUUUGAAACAAGCGUUAUGAAGAAUCUAAACAAGUAAACCAAUAUCUGAUUUGUGCAUCACUACUGCAGUGAAGAAAGUUUCACAUGAAAAAGUAAAUGUAUCUACCUCUUUACAAUGUAUACGAAAAGAGAUGUGUGGUUAGAAUCUCUAUAUCUAAAUUGGGAUUCUUUACUGUACUACUUCCAUUACUUGCUUUCAUAAUAUGUAUUAUAUUGACAAUGUACAAAGAUUUUGAUAGAGCAAAUAACACACAUUGCAACGUACCAAAUAUAUUUCCGUCAAUAUCUGCAUCUAUUGGAAAUUAUGAACCUCAAAGAACAAUUUGGAAAACUGCCAUUUACAUCCAUGCACCUAUCAGGUUCUUUAUAAUAUACUUGCGAUGGAAAUAUUAUAGAGAAAUUAUAUUAGACACUUUUGGUGUAAUAGUUAAUGUAGCUGUGUCUUUAAAUGUCAUAGAAAAUUUUUCUUUGGUUGGCCUGACUUAUUGGACUUCAUCUCUGAAUUACCCAUUACAUGAAGUAUGUUUCAAGACAUUUAUUGGAACAUCAAUAUUUUACAUGCUGAUUACAAGUAUAAUGGUAACUCAGUACCGUAGGAAGUCUCACAUGACUCGUUUAGAGAGAAACUCUGUUAAAUUGAAAUGGAGAGCAUUUUCCAUUAAUGUUGUGUCAUUUACAAUUGCAGCUUACUUUUUUUUAAGACACAACAGGCUCUGUGAACCUUAUGUAUACUCUAUGUUCGGGUUUUCCGAAUAUAUUGUUGUGUUCAGCAACAUUGCAUUCCACAUGACAACAGUGUAUGAUUUGGAAAGGAGGUAUAUUUAUCUUGGUACAAGAGGUAUUACAUUAGAAUAAAUGAAAAUCCAAGCCAAAAUAGCUUUAAAAUAACAAUUAAAAUA